AUGGCUCAGAGCGCGGACUCAGCGCCGACUCUGUGUCGCAGCUACGCUUUCAGCGUUCUGGUCAUCACUUAUAUCCUCUUCAUCCUGCUCGGCGGGGCUGUGUUUAUGGUGCUCGAGCAGCCCGAGGAACGCGCUCUUGUUGCUGAGGUCCGUGAACUUCGAGCGAGCUUUCUGGAAAGCCACCCGUGUGUGGAGGAGAGCGGUCUGGACGAGCUGCUGAGGAAAGUCCUCUCAGCCGGAAAACGCGGCGUCUCUGAGGAGGACGGAGAGGAGGACAACUUUGACUUCACCUCGUCGCUGUUUUUCGUCACUACUUUCCUCACCACGACAGGUUAUGGCACCACCAUUCCACUGUCGGAUGAGGGUCGUGUGUUUUGUAUUCUGUACUGUCUGGUGGGCAUUCCCCUCACUCUCCUGCUGCUCUCCUGCCUCACGCACACUUUACUGCCCAGAGUGACCCACGCGCCCAUCCGCUACCUGCAGCUCUACUGGGGUCUGUCCCACAACAGAGCUGCGCUGCUGUACUGCGGGGUGUUAGCAGUGUGCACAGCGACGCUGUUCUUUCUGCUGCCUGCUGUUGCGCUCUGCCUCUUGGAGAGAGACUGGAGUUUUCUGGAGUCGCUGUACUACUGCUUUAUCUCUCUCAGCACUAUUGGGCUGGGAGAUUAUCUGCCUGGGAGGACGCACAGUCGGGCAGCGCGGCAGGGGCUGGAGUUUGCCACUUCCUGUUACCUGGUGCUGGGACUUGUAGUCCUGCUGGUGGUUGUGGAGAGUUUCUGGCAGCUGCAGCAAGUGCAGGCUUUGGUGCGUCUCUUCGUAGGGGCUCGGGUGAGUGAGCUGAUGGGAGUCGGUCUUGAUGAGCUUGUGCUCAGUGGAGAUUCAGGAGCUCAGGUGAGCUCAGAGGAGCCCCAGUACACUCUCCCUAUCUCCACCAUCUCACACCCCGUCCCUGCUGCCCACACAUCUGCCUCUGCGGAGGAAACAUUUACACUGGAAACACCACACGCAGCAAGCUGUGAGAAGACUGCUUCCAUUACAGUUCACCCAGACGCUAUCACAGACUCACCUGACGAACCAAACAACUGA